CGUGAGGUAAAAUUUGUGAUGUCACAAGGAGGCGGUGGCCUAGACUGCUGCCGCAGUAUAAAAGCUCAUGCAAGCGCUUAGGAUGGGCAUUCAGAGUGUGGGGACAAAUCUCGUGGAAAUAACCUGUGCAAAUACACACCUAUUCAUACACACAAUAAAUGGAAGUACAGAGGACUGCCGGGCUCCAGCAGGCUAAGAGCGGCAACAUGUGCGAGUCGACGCCGAGGUCCGGCGAACCUCGGCGGAAGAGAGCCGAAGAGCGCGGCGCUCCUUCGGAGAUGUCUCGGAUCAUUACCGAUCCGGCCACCGGCAAGUGCUACUGCCGGGGAAAAGUUCUAGGAAAGGGAGGCUUUGCAAAGUGCUACGAGAUGACCGAUCUUUCCACCAGCAAAGUUUACGCAGCUAAAAUCAUCCCGCAUGCGCGCGUCUCGAAACCACACCAACGGGAAAAGAUUGACAGAGAAAUCGAGCUUCACCGAUUACUCCAUCACAAGCACAUAGUGCACUUUUACCACCAUUUUGAGGACAAGGAGAACAUAUACAUCCUGCUGGAGUACUGCAGCAGAAAAUCCUUAGCACACAUACUGAAGGCUCGCAAAGUACUCACCGAGCCAGAGGUGCGCUACUACCUGCGACAGAUUGUCUCAGGGCUCAAGUACUUGCAUGAGCAAGAAAUUCUGCACAGGGACCUUAAGCUCGGUAAUUUUUUCGUAAGCGAAUCCAUGGAGCUGAAGGUGGGUGACUUUGGGCUGGCCGCCAAACUGGAGCCGGCAGGGAAUAGGAGGAAGACGAUCUGCGGAACUCCCAACUAUCUUUCCCCCGAGGUGCUGAACAAGCAGGGUCACGGCUGUGAAUCAGACAUCUGGGCCCUCGGCUGUGUAAUGUACACGAUGCUUUUGGGAAGGCCGCCAUUCGAAACCACCAAUCUCAAGGAGACGUACAGGUGCAUUAGGGAGGCUCGUUACGCGCUACCCUCCUCGUUAUCGCCACAGGCCAAGCAGCUCAUUGCCAGCCUGCUUGCCAAGACACCAGAGGACAGACCCAACCUGGAACACAUUUUGAGGCACGACUUCUUCACACAGGGCUUUAGUCCAGAACGUCUGUCAGCGAGCUGUUGUCACUCUGCACCCGACUUCCACAUCUCUAGUCCCGCCAAGAGCUUCUUCAAGAAAGCAGCGGCAGCCCUCUUUGGAGGCAAACGCGACAAGGUCAAAUACUACGAGACUCUAAAUAAAUUAACCAAAGAGGAAGAGGAGAUCUACAAGCUGCAGCAUGACCUGGAGAGAACUGGUAUCAGCCAGCAACAGAGCAAAAAGACAGCUGAGAAUGGAAGUUUACUUCCGCCAUCUGCCCAGAGUCCUGUCGCCCUGGCAACAGAGAGCCAAUCCCUAACAACACGAGAUACCAUCCGUCUGAUCGUCAGGGGAAGCCUGGGGAGUUGCAGCAGUAGCAGCAGUGAAUGUCUCGAAUACAACACCACGGGGAGUGUUGCCGACACGGUUGCUGGUGUGUUGAGAGGAUGUCUGGAGAACAUGCCUAAAGCUGACAGCAUUCCUCAGAGCACAAAUAGCUGCGGCCUCCAGUGGGUCACCAAGUGGGUGGACUACUCCAACAAGUACGGCUUUGGAUACCAGUUGUCCGACCACAACGUGGGCGUUCUCUUCAACAAUGGCACUCACAUGAGCCUCCUGCCAGACAGAAAGACAAUCCAUUAUUAUGCAGGGUUGGGCCAGCGCUCUGUUUUCCCUACCUGCGAGGUUCCUGAACACUUUGUGGGCCAAGUGACUGUGCUCAAAUACUUUUCCCACUAUAUGGAGGAGAACCUCAUGGAUGGCGGUGACUUGGGCAGUAUGACGGAUGUACACAUGCCAAGACUCUAUUUGCUCCAGUGGCUCAAAUCAGACCGCGCCCUUAUGAUGCUCUUUAAUGACGGCACUUUCCAGGUGAACUUUUACCACGACCACACAAAGAUAAUCCUAUGCUGCCAGAAAGACGAGUACAUGCUUACCUAUAUCAACGAGGAACGCGUUUCAAAGACUUUCAAGCUCAGUUCAUUGCUGGCGUCUGGCUGUCCUGCCGACCUGCGUGAGCGCAUGCUCUACUCGCUUAACAUGCUGCUGCAGUGGUGCAGCUAGAGACACCAACCCGGAUAAAUACAGAAGAGCAUGUUAGACACAUGAACUCGGACAUCCUGCAGAGCUUGCAUCCAUUAGUGAGGAACUGUGCAAAUGGAAUUGUGGAGUAACAAGAGACUGUGGAUAAUAAAGUGACUGUAUGCAAUGGAAGGGAAAGGAGGAGGACUGCAGGAGAGAGAAGUAUGUUGGACCCAGGAAUGUUGCUACGAUCCACAUGUGUUGGAUAAAGAGAAAGAAAGGAAAGCGGAUGUCUUUUGGGAAGAUCCAAAAGCUGGGCUGGCACCAGCUGAAAACAAACAAAAAGGCUGCAAGACUGUCUCAUUGUUGUAAAUGAUGUACAGUGUAAACUAACCCACCAUACAGUCACAUGCUAAUAUGUGUGUGGAUGGGCCAGGGUUCAAGUGUUUUUAAUAUACUGAAUGUUCAUCUGUUUGUGUACGUGUGUACCAGUGAGUGAGUAAGUGAGUGGGAGGACAAUUAUAUGCAAAAAAAAAGAAAAGUGAUUUCUUAUUUUGAAUGACAACUAAACUGAGCCCACAUUGUUGAGGGAGGAUGCAUUUUUUUAAGUGUCCUAUUAAGAGCAUUAUCAUCCGGAAGAAAAAUACUACAUAAUUUAUUGUGUACAAAAAGUGCCAUAUUUAUUUAUUUAAUAAUAAAGUGCAUUUUCUUAGAACAGAGUGUUUUUUUCCCUUUAUCACUGUACUUCCCUUUAUGGUUCCCCAUAAUCUUUGAAUCUGUAUUAGCACAAAACUGUCAGACUGCAAGAAAAGGAAACAGAAAAACAGAGGACCAGAACCUCGCAACUUAAACUGUGGUGGGUAUGUGCCGAAAUCCAUCUAAAAUACAGUAAAAUAUUAAUGAUCAAUUCUAAAGACAACUCCAGUUAUGCGACAAAGUUGAUUGUUUUUUAAUGGAGUUGAAGAGCUUGUGUUGAUGGAAAGGUUUUCAAAUUAUUAUUUUUCGUCAAACUUAUAAAUUCAGCUAGGGAUCAGAUAAUUAUUUUCACCACUGUCAUGUACAGGGAUUUUUUCCCUUUUAAGUCCUUCUAUGUAAAUUAACUUACAAGGAUUUUGAUCAAAGUAUGUCGAAAAGGUUAUAUUUUACAUUUGUUAAUUAACAUUUUGAAGUAAUUUCUCAGUGAAAGAGGGAUGAUGAUUGCUAAAUGGCUCAUAAUGACACUCCCCUCUCAUUCUGUUCCAAAUCAAACCAAGGCUUAUCUGAACAUGAACGUUUGGAGAGGGGAAACUGGUGAAAUAGAAGAGGAUGUUAACAUUAAAGGCCUCAACUCUGCAAAGAUAGCCUGAUGUGACCUUGCCUAAUUCGUUUCAUGGUGCCUUGCCUUCAGUAAAUAACUACCCC